CUGUAGGUUUACGCAUGCAUUUAGUUAUUCAUUCCAACAUUUCAGGGAACAUUCAAACCACUCUUUUUCUUAAAAACAUUCAUAAACACAUCUCAUCAUGUCUCUUCGCCUCGCACCUUCAAGCAAACCCACUACUGCGGGAUCUGCUUCAGUCUUCGACACAUCCAACUCAUAUGGUCUUCACGAUACAAUGCGCUUUGGUAUGAGGCAGAUUGCAAGUGAAGUUACAGCCAAGCACCCUUUGGAGAACCGACUAGCUGAGUGGGAGAAUACACAAGAAGACCUCAAGAUGAGCUUGGCCCGCAAUAUGUAUGGAAUGCAUUCUAUGCUGCCACAACGGUCAAAUCUUGGAUUGGAUAUUUUGAUGGGCAAGGACGAGACAAUUGACUUUGAAGACUUCUUGAAUGUUCCCGAAAUGUCGACAGAAAUGGUGGAUCCUCACACUAUUAUGGAACACCAGAUUGGCCUUCGCGUAUAAAAAAAUAUUUAGAGGGGAAUUGGUAUUAACAAACCAAAGAGCGUCAAUAGACAAGUAGCUGGGUCAGAGAAAAGGAUUUUCUUCGUUUAAAGAAUUCAAUAAAAAUGACUUUUAGUUCCAACACAUUCUCGUGACC